CGAUGUCUUAAGCCACCGCUGCAACCUGGUCAUCUCUGAAGCUGAGGGCCGCAGAUGUUUCCAACGAGUGGCUCGUCGCAAGGCUGCAGGACCGGACGGCAUCCCAGGGCGGGUACUCAGAAUUUACUCAGCACAACUGCAGAAUCGAACUAAAGGACUCAUUUGACUAUCAAUAAAAAAGUAAUCAAUCCUGGAAUACGUAUGAUGGGCAUGUGAAGAAAAAAUGAAUACUCCCUAUCUAGUGGAUUUUUCACCAUAUGUUAAUGUGAAGAGUGAACAGUAAAUGGUUAAUCUUACUGCGAUCUGGUUUUCAUUGGCUGUGGUUUAUCCGGACGUUAAAUUCGGCGUUCGUUACACCCGAAGGAGAACGUUACAGUGAAAAAGCGGCAUUAUCAGGUGUUUCAAGUGCUGCAAUGUCAGCUCAAUCCAGCAUCAAGUCGACGCCGCCCAGCGACAAGGGCGGUAAGCCGACAUCAAGUAAGUCCACCCAGGCAAGAGCCAAGGCAGAAGCCGCCAAGGUGCGACUGCGUUACGCCAAACAAGAAGCCGAAAGGGCUGCCAGAAAGGCAGAAGCCGCCAAGGUGCUACUGCGUUACGCCAGACAAGAAGCAGUUUUGACAAUGAAACUGGCCACCAGAGAAGCCGAAAUCCAGAAAGAAAGGGCCGCCAGAGAAGCCGAAAGGGCCGCCAGACAAAGAGAAGAGGCUGCCAGAGAAGCCGAAAUCCAAAGAGAACAGGCUGCCAGAGAAGCCGAAAUCCAGAAAGAAAGGGCCGCCAGAGAAGCCGAAAUCCAGAAAGAAAGGGCUGCCAGAGAAGCCGAAGAGGCUGCCAGACAAAGAGAAGAGGCCGCCAGAGAAGCCGAAACCCAGUUGGAAAUGACAAAAAUAUCGACAGAGUUGCAAGUGCUGCAGCGAGAAAGAGAAGAAGAAGCUGCCAUGGCGGAAGCAAAGUACAUAAAAGAAGCUGAAGGGUCGCGUGAUCUGACCGCAGCAAGAUCUACUUUAGAAAGGACCAGACUGGAACGCACAAGCGACUAUGUACGAUCUCAAAUAGACAGGCAGGCUCGUCUCCCCUCUCCAUACCUAUUCGAUAACUUCCCCAGCUAUGAGGAACCUCAGAGAGUCACGAUUGCAUCACAUCCAUACGAGGAAGGAAAUUUACCCUCACGGCUCCGUGAUGAAGUCAAGAAUGAAAGAACCGACAACGCUCCUUCACCCCCACAACAGGACGGCGGGGAGGGAGAGGUUCACUCCAGGACAACAAUUGUCAGCUCGAACUGUACAGAAGUUUGCAGUCAAACUCAGUCAAGCCGUUCUUGUUCCAAGAUCUGCCUCACUGAGGUGUACCCUAAAGAAGCACAACAAGACAUUACCAAGCGUAAAGUAACCGACGAGACGCUAGGUCAGUCAGUUUUUGUUCAAACCGAGCACGGAAACAAACUUGCACAAUCAGCUCAAGAUACCAUUUCUUUAAAACCCAAAGACACCAAGGUCUUCAGAGAUGAAGCAAAUAAUGGGGUUGCCCCAUUGCCUUUCAGAGAACCACGCCAGCGCUCACCAGAUAACAAAGAGCAGGCAGUCAAACAGUUCACGUCCUCACGGAAAACCCAGAAAAGGAAACCUGAGAUGCAGCAACGCACCCGAUUGGCCCACGAGGUACUGUGCAUCCUAAUGGCACAGGUCACAGCCAUUAUAAACGCACAAUCAUUCCUACCUGUGUCUUCUGACCCAGAAAACCCCUUUAUACUUUCGCCAUCAACGCUCCUUACGCAGAAGGCAGGAGCACCUCCUCCACCAGGAGACUUCUCAGACAAGGAUUUGUACACAAAGCAAUGGAGACAAGUCCAGGUUCUGGCAAAUCAGUUCUGGCCUCGCUGGAGACAAAAAUAUCUACCUUUGUUGCAACAGAGACAAAGUGGACAGAACCCCGAAGGAAUCUUCAAGUUGGAGACUUAGUCCUGCUCAGGGACAAGCAAGCCACCCGCAACAGCUGGCCAACGGCCAGAAUCACUGCUACAUUCCCUAGCGGGGAUGGACAUGUCAGGAAGAUCGAAUUGAAGACUACCGACCAAGGCGAUGUGAAACUUUACCAAAGGCCAGUUACAGAAGUUAUUCUACUUCUACCCAAUGACUGAUUAAGAGACUAAGUUUUGUACUCUGCUCAUUGUGACCUUACGAAGGUCAAGCGGGGAGUGUGCUGUCUUUACGACAGUUAUUUAGUUUAUAAUAUUUUCGCUUAGUAAUUCAUUCAAUAGUAUUUUCUAGUUACCAUUAGAAGUGUUUAAAGUGUAUUCAUUGCAUGUAAAAUAUAUCGGCAUGCGAUUACGUCACAUCCGGUUUCGCCGCGUCUUGUGGGAAAACACCGGUUUGAAAUUAGCGCGAGGGUGGGGGCUUUCCACGAGGCUCACCUGAGCAGAAGUUGUUUUGCAGGCAUGAGAAAUCACAGUGAGAGCAACGCUGUAAGUUAAUAGAUAAUCGAUAUAUUGAACUAAGAUGUUAAUGCCGAUCCUGUUAGAAGUAACGACGGUAGAUAAUGUUUAUGCUUUCGUUAGUUAAAGAGUCGCGGAUAGUUUGCAUGGAAGUGUAUUUAAAGUAGUCAAUGGAGCAGGUAAACUCUCCCUGUAUACUGCACCUUAGUGUAAUGUAGUUAUAGUCACCUUUGCAAGUAUUUACACUUGAAAUGUGAUAUUAAGGAAGGAACAAAUACUGUAUCAAUCUCGUAUUGUUUUAUCAACAGUUUUCACCAUAUGUUAAUGUGAAGAGUGAACAGUAAAUGGUUAAUCUUACUGCGAUCUGGUUUUCAUUGACUGUGGUUUAUCCGGACGUUAAAUUCGGCGUUCGUUACACCCGAAGGAGAACGUUACAGACUAU